UGAAUAUCAAACUGGUGAUCGCGGAGUUAUUGGCUUGCUGUAUCUGUCAUUUCUUUUCUGUUUUCAGUCUUUAUUUUAAAAGAUCCAGGAGAAGCAGAAGCGAGCCCGGAGUUUGAGGUGAUCGGCAGUGGUGGGGUGAGUCAGCGGGUGCUAAGGACUGGGUCUUGGUCUUUGGAGACUGUCCCCUGUCCUCUUCAGCAGCUGGUGCUGCAAGGACCGAAGGUCCGCUUCUCCUGACGCCGGGGCCUCCGCAGCCGCGCAGCAGCUGGAUUCAGAUAAACGAAGCUCCUGGGCCACUUCGGUCUCAGCAAAUAUUUCAGACCCAUGUCACCUAGCCAGAACUCCUAGAAGCUGGAGCUAGCGGUAUCCCAUAGAUGGGGCGGCCAAGUUGAGAGUAACUGCCGGUCAGCUGCAGCGCUCAGAUGCCCAGCGUCCCUGCCUUGAGCUUCGAAAGCUGAGUCACAUUUAGCUACUAUUUCAGCAAAGACUAGUCAUAGACUUGUGAAUUUCUAAUGGUGUGGAUGCACAGGAUGGAUCAGACUGCAUAGAAAAGCGAAUUUUUGUAAUUUCUGGUUGCUUUUGCAGCAUGUCCUUUUAAACAUUGGGUGUCCCCAGAAGCCUAGAGCGCCCCUGGCCAUGUCCCUUUUAAUGCUCUGUACCUUAAUGCGGCCCUCUGACGGUUCCCAGGGCUGCCUAGGAUGGUUUGCAACAGGUGUGUUCUCUCCCUCCCCCAGCCCAACCCAGCUGGCAGGAUUCCCCAAAGUUGACAUUUUUUGACUUGGCUUUCUCACGCCCGCUUCCGCCCCCCACCAGAGGGUGGCUGUCCAAAGCCGGACCUUGCCCCCCCCCUCCCCGGGACCAUGGUGCUUCUCUCUGAAAAUGCUUCUGAAGGCUCCAACUGCACCCACCCGCCAGCACCGGUGAACAUUUCUAAGGCCAUUCUGCUUGGGGUGAUCUUGGGGGGCCUCAUCAUUUUCGGGGUCCUGGGGAACAUUUUAGUGAUCCUCUCGGUGGCCUGUCAUCGGCAUCUGCACUCAGUGACUCACUACUACAUUGUCAACCUGGCUGUGGCAGACCUCCUUCUCACUUCCACCGUGCUGCCCUUCUCUGCCAUCUUUGAGAUCCUGGGCUACUGGGCCUUUGGCAGGGUGUUCUGCAACAUCUGGGCGGCAGUGGACGUCUUAUGCUGCACAGCGUCCAUCAUGGGCCUCUGCAUCAUCUCCAUCGACCGAUACAUUGGUGUGAGCUACCCGCUGCGCUACCCCACAAUUGUCACACAGAGGAGGGGCGUUAGGGCUCUGCUCUGCGUCUGGGCGCUUUCCUUGGUCAUCUCCAUCGGACCCCUGUUUGGCUGGAGGCAGCCGGCUCCGGAGGAUGAGACCAUUUGCCAGAUCAAUGAGGAGCCAGGCUACGUGCUGUUCUCCGCGCUGGGAUCUUUCUAUGUGCCACUGGCCAUCAUCCUGGUUAUGUACUGUCGAGUCUACGUAGUAGCCAAGAGAGAAAGCCGGGGCCUCAAGUCUGGCCUCAAGACCGAUAAGUCAGACUCAGAGCAAGUGACGCUCCGUAUCCACCGUAAAAAUGUCCCUGCAGAAGGCGGCGGGGUAAGCAGUGCCAAGAAUAAGACUCACUUCUCCGUGAGGCUGCUCAAGUUUUCCCGAGAGAAGAAAGCCGCCAAGACGCUGGGCAUCGUGGUGGGUUGCUUCGUCCUCUGCUGGCUGCCUUUCUUCCUCGUGAUGCCCAUUGGGUCCUUCUUCCCGGAUUUCAAGCCUCCGGAAACCGUUUUCAAAAUAGUGUUUUGGCUCGGGUACCUAAAUAGUUGCAUCAACCCUAUCAUAUACCCGUGUUCCAGCCAGGAGUUCAAGAAAGCUUUUCAGAAUGUCCUGCGAAUCCAGUGUCUUCGCAGAAGGCAGUCUUCCAAGCAUGCCCUGGGCUACACCCUGCACCCGCCCAGCCAAGCUCUAGAGGGACAGCACAGAGACAUGGUGCGUAUCCCAGUAGGCUCAGGAGAGACUUUCUAUAAGAUCUCCAAGACAGAUGGAGUCUGUGAAUGGAAGUUUUUCUCUUCCACGCCCCAGGGAUCGGCCAGGAUUACCGUGCCGAAGGACCAAUCUGCCUGUACCACAGCCCGGGUGAGAAGUAAAAGCUUUUUGCAGGUCUGCUGCUGUGUGGGGUCGUCGACCCCACGCCCUGAAGAAAAUCACCAAGUUCCAACCAUUAAGAUCCACACCAUCUCCCUCAGUGAAAACGGGGAGGAAGUCUAGAGGAUGGGAAAGGUCACAGGAAAAGGGAUGACGCUAGGUACUGCUGAUUUUCCCACUCGGAAGGCCAGGACUGUUC